AUGGCGGACCGAACGAGCAAUAUUCCUCAGGUUUUAUUUUCUGACACGGAAAGUGAAGAGGAAUUUGAAGGAUUCACUGCGCGAGAUGCAAGACCUUAUGUGGAGAUUGCAGUCAAGGCUCCCUUAUUUUGCUCAACACCAGCACCAAAGGCAAAACGGGCUCGCGUUGAAAGAGAAAACCAUUGGUCGACCUCAUCAGACGAUGAUCCAGGCAUAUCUCCCAUUAAACUGUUGCCAACGACAAGAACGUGUUCAAGAGCUUCUUCGACUGCUUCAGUGGAAGGAGAACUUGCUCCGCAAUUCUCUGAAAAUAGAAACGAGAGCUCAAGCAGCCUAGAGGGGGAAAUCUACUUUGCAAGUGAAAUGGAGCGAGAGAAAACACAGCAACAAAGCAGCUUUACUGAAAAUUUCGCCCGCUGUUCCCAUGGGUCAGAAAGAGAAGUAAUCGAACACGAAACCCCAGAUGGGGUCCUGAAUGUGGCUUCUCGGAAAAGAGGCAAACAUCGGUCCUCUAUUGUUUCACCUGAACAACUACUUGAAGAAAAUUGUUGUACCAAAAGGAGAUGUCUACAGAAGCUGCUAUCAAUCAGCCAAAUGAGACGAGCACGGGAAAACUUCUGCCAGGAACACAGCAAUUACGAAAAACAAAGAAAGUUUAUUUUAAAUUGGUUUGACAACAAUCAGCCUUCCAGCGGAGAGUUUGCGUAUACCAUCAGUGGAAUCAAUGUGUGCUGGAGUGCUUGGACAAAGGUUCUUGGGAUUACACGAAGAAGGUUUUUUGAACUGAAACGAGACUUCCUUCUUGGACGGCGUAACGCACAACAUGGUGCGUCUUUAACGUCAAGAGAAGCGCCACAUAGAGAGGCCGUGCUUAAUUUCCUGGACAGGUAUUUCACGGAAAAUUGCAACUAUAUGCCGAAUUCUAGUGUGCGGCAUUUGACAUCGUCAAGCCGUAAAGCUGGUGUGUUUCAGGAGUUUACAGAACACAUGGAAUCGACCAACCAGCCGGUAUGCAGCGAGACCUUUUUCCGAAAACUAUGGAAUGAAAGUUACUCUCAUGUAAAGAUUCCUAAGGAGAACCGUUUCAGUAAGUGCGAUACAUGUUGUAACCUCAAAGAAGAAUUGAGGGGCACGACAAAUCCAACAAUGAAAGCAGCACUUGAGGACAGAAGAAAGAACCACAUUGCUUGGGUCAGAGAGGAAAGGAAAGCCUAUUUAAACUGCGCGUCACGGGCUCACCAUCAGCCGAACGAAUUGUUUUCUGUGGCCAUCGAUGGGAUGGACACCAACAAAACAGAACUUCCCUUUUCUAAGGUCAGAUAUGGCACUACCCAGAAAGCGUGGCAUCUUCGAGUUCAUCUGGUGGGUGUUCUUAUCCAUGGAAGGCACCCAAUAUGCUUUUUGGACUACCACCAGUUCCCCCAUGAUUCAAAUUUGAUGAUAAAUACGCUUUUGCAGACAAUGUGGGUGCAUAUAGAUCUACUGCCUGAUGCAAUUGCCAUUCAGCUGGAUAAUACAGCAAAAGAAAAUAAAAAUCAAUACGUUUUCUGCUUCCUUGGGUACCUCGUGGAGACGGAUGUGUUCAGCAGGAUAGAAAUAUCCUUCUUACCAGUCGGCCAUACACAUAUCGACGUGGACCAAAUGUUCUCGCGCGUGUCGGUGGCAAUUGAAAGGUUGGGCUGUCUCACUCCUCAGGACCUCCUGCGGAUAUUAAGAACCUGCUACACCCAAUCUCAAGGGGAAACAACUCAGGAAGGAGCCAAGCCCCAGUAUGCUACCUUCCCGCAUCUGUAUGCUGUACGGGAGUGGCUUCUCCCGUACCAGAAACAACUCCACGGAUUAAACAGCUUUCAUAGCUUUGUAAUCGUAAAAAACGACGAAGGGAAGGCUGUUCUCCAUUUCAAAGCCUGGUGUACAAGCGAGUGGGAUGGGGAGCGGUACGAGCCAGUUGUUUUGUUACGUGAUCUCCCUCAGGAUGUGCCCGAGAUAAUAAAGCCAAAUUAUGAUGCUGUGGACUUUGGCAGACUGAAAAGUAUGGUAGACAAGUGUGUAAACAAUGGUGUGUUUACUAAUGAAGAAAAGAAAGAGUGGCUGAAUUUUUUGGAGGAGGAGGAGAUAACUGCCAGCAUUUACGAGGACGUGGAGGAAAUUGUGUACGAUAAAGAUGACGAUGGUGCCCAGUAUCACAAAAAGGAGCUCGUGUACCUACCUUGUAACGACGAAACUUGGUUGGUAGAUGAGUUGCGUGAAAGGAGGAGGCCCACAGAAGGCAGGAACCUACAACUCAGCGAAGUUCUGAGAAGAAGUGAGAUUUUCGAAAAAGGAGAGGGUUUAUUGCCAGUUUAUACAGGAGCUUACAGGCGACCAGGGCAAGUGGAAAGAGAAGUUAUUCGCAAUGAAAGCAGAGAUACCAUUAGUGAGGGGAUGCUUGUGGCGCUGUCACUGGUAAUCUAUCGUGAGAGACCGCUUAUUGGUAGAGUCGACGAACUGAAAGACCAGACACUUAAGAUAACAUGGCUUCAUGGUCACUGGACGACGUCAUGGUCAGUCUGUAAACGACGUGAAGGCCAGAGACAUAUUGAGUGGCAGGAAGAAGUUCCGAAAGCAGCUGUUGUUCUAAGAGUCUGUGAGAUGCCACGAGAAUCAUUUCCUUCACGAAAAAUUAUUCCCCCGAUAAAUUCAGCAAUGUACAAAGACCAUAACCCUAUUCCACGGCUACAUUAUACAUUACACGGCUGUUUAGUGAUGUCGUUCAUAAAGUGUAGUGCGACAGCAAGAGGUGAAACAUUUAAUAUGUGCUUUGAAGGGGCAAAGCGAGCAAACAACGACGCCAAAAAGGUUUUAUAA